UUCUCUUUUCCGCAUCGGUAAAAAACCCUGAACGGACCUAGUAGACAGUCACAGCGCAUGCGCAGUGUUGAAUGUGACUGAAGAAAAUGUUUGUCACCGGUUUCAAUGAACAUGAUGUGAUGUUUCGUUUGUAAUUUAUAUUCAUAUUAAAGGCUAACAGUUAUCGCAGGCGAAAAUGGCGGCAGAGGAUGAGCAGAAAAAAGAAAAAAGUUUCAAGCUCCUGGGCAUUCUGGACAUCCAGAAGACUCCCUGUGCCAGAGAAUCAAUUCUUCAUGGAGCUGGAGGCUGCGUAGCUGCCGGCCUGUUUCACUUCCUGGCCACCAGUCGAGUGAGGAGAUCGUUAGACGUUGGAUGUGCAGGUUUUUUACUGACCACCCUCGGCUCCUGGCUGUACUGCAGGAUAAACAACGCUAAGAUUCGUGUGCAGCAGAGGGCGCUCCAGGAAGGACUCAAGAACAAGAUUUUAUAUGAAGGUACAGGGAUGGAUCCUUCUCGAACUCCUGACGCAGGAAAAGCAUCUGGAGCGCCGUGACGUCAGAACCGGAUCUCCAAGAACUAAACGUCAGACCAACGAGGACUGAACUGAACUGGCUGUGUGAAAGUAGAGACUUUUACAGACUCUGAAUCUAAAAACUUUUUCUGUCUGUUGAACAUCUCGUCUGUCAGGACAAAUUACAUCGAAGGAGCCCUCUAGCGUUUGGUCCAGGUACUGCAAACAGCUGGAUCUGUGACUGGUUUUAAGAUUAUAUUCUAUAAUAAUAAAUAGAAUAAUAAAAGAAAUAAAUACAUAACCAUUGUUUUCUACA